CUCUCUCUCUCUCUCUCUGUGUACCUAUGUGUCUCUCUCUCUCUCUCUGUGUACCUGUCUGUGUGUCCAGAAUGGGUGCGACCGUCUUUGUUCAGCCGUUGGACCUGGUGAAGAACAGGAUGCAGCUGAGCGGUCAGGGAACGACGGCUCGAGAGUACAAGACGAGCUUCCACGCUCUGUUCUCCAUCCUGAAGAACGAGGGAGUGGGAGGCAUCUACACCGGUCUCUCAGCUGGUCUGCUGCGUCAGGCGACCUACACGACGACCCGUCUUGGGAUCUACACCGUCCUGUUUGAGAAGAUGACCGGAGACGACGGACGACCGCCCAACUUCCUCCUCAAGGCUCUGAUCGGUAUGACGGCCGGAGCUACAGGAGCCUUUGUGGGGACGCCAGCAGAGGUCGCUCUCAUCAGGAUGACGGCGGAUGGACGGUGAGACAGGCUGAUACAGACAGACAAUCCAUCAGGCUGGAGUAAACACUACAUCCUUGGGG